CGUGUCUCAGCAGAGUUUGAUAUCGGUUUCGAAAAUCCGAGGACGACUAUUCGACUGACAUCACAAUGAGGCUGGCUAUCACUCUCCUUCUUACCUUGUUCUACUGCGAGUUCCUUCUGGCCGAACCAGUAACUGUCAGUGUACACGAUGAAGACAACAAUUCAACCGUACGCCUUACAUCGGGAAAGGAGUUAAAUGGAACAGAAGAGGGAACUCGUGCUAGCGAUUAUCCUGCCAAUGUCACUGAAUCUUCUUCUGACAGUGGUGAUAAUGUCACAGCUGUAACUUCUGGAUCGAAAUUGCUUCGUGGUGGGUAUGGCGGCGACAAAGGCGGCUAUUCCAGUCACCACUAUGGUUAUAAAUCCGGUGAUUACAAGAAUCAAAAACAUGGUUAUCAAUACAAGUCUGGUUCCCGCCAUGGUCAUAAUGACGUUUAUGGUUCUAAGAAGGGCGGAUACAAAGGUUCUCCCAAACAUGGCCAUCAUGGUUAUGGUUAUGGUAAAUAUUCCAAGGAUUAUAAACACGGCAAAAAUUAUUACGGCGGUCGUAAAGGUGGUUAUGGUAAGAAGUACGGUCACGGUGGUUAUAAUCGAGGUCACAAGAAAGACUAUGGUAACUAUCCUAAAUAUGGGAACAACUACAAACAUCAUUAUGGUGGUGGGCAUCAAUACUCGAAAUAUUGAUUGCAUUGUUCAUGAAUACAAAUGUGGAAGUGAAAAUCAAUCAGUGUCGUGUGAAUUCAGCUUGCAAAAACACUUUGACAAAUUGGAACAUUUCUUGCCUUGUGUACAAUUGAUAUUUGUCUCAUAUUCAUUUUAGGUGUGUUCAGUUCAACUGAAAUUAUUUUUCUUAUUAGAAAUAUACCAAGUUUGCUGAUAAUCA